AUGGCAAUAUACAAACAAGAAAAGUAUUCAAGUACUUUAUAUUUAAAAGAAGAAUUGCCAAUUUAUGUAGCUCAAGAAAGAAAAGAUAUAUCUAAUAAUGAAAAGGUUGACUCAGGUAAAAAGAAAAAAUUAAGUGGAUUUCCCUUGAAGGUUGCGGGUGGUCAUAAAUCAGAUAUGAAAAAUAAAUCUUGUUUAUUUGAUACAAACAAAUAUUCACAUAUGGAAAAAAAAAUAUUCAAGGAACUUGAUUAUAUAGUUUUUCUUAAAAAUAACAAGACAGUUAGUAAUAAGGUUUACAAAAAAAUAAUAUGUAAAAAAUACGAAUUGCAAAUUUUUUUACCUGUAUUAAUCUUCUUUUUCUUAUUAAUACUAUUUAUAGUAGAAGUAUCAUUUGGAUUUGCAGGAAAACAUAGUUUAUUAUAUCAAUUAAGUUUAAACAAGGAUAAUUUAAAAUCUUUGACCGAAAAUGAUUCAUGGUCACCUAUUGUAGAGGCGGUUAAAACGUUAGGAGCAUUUUUGGAACACAGUAUAUCUAAAAAACUGGGGGAAGAUGUAUGUUCAUGGUGUGAAAAUGCAUCAGAUAUUACUAAUUAUUGCAAAUUAGGGCAUUUUUUUCGUAUUUUAAUAUAUUAUGUACCUUUCAUUAUAUUAUGUAUCACUUUAAUAUCGAGAAUUAUUUAUUACCAUAAAAAAGUUAAAAAAUAUGAAAAAAUUAAAUUCAGGAAAAGGUAA